AUGAGCGCCCUCGAAACCGUCAAGAGCGCCGGGAAGUACGUCGUGUACUUCGCCAUCACCAUCGGCGUCAUCGGCCAGGUCUGGCCGACGCUGUUCCUCAGGCUGCCGAUGGGCUUCAUCCCAUGGGCCAUCACGGGCAACGUCAUGCCGCCAUACUUUGACCCGACGCCAUUCGGCGCGGACGAGUUUGGCACGUGGGCCAAGGACGGCGACCUGAUCGCCGCCGUCGGCGCCAAGUCUGGCACCAACUGGAUGCUGUACACAGCACAUCAGAUCCGCACCAAGGCCAAAGGCAGCGUCGAGACCGACUACACGGACAUUCUGCUGGACACGCCGUGGAUCGGCUUCAACAUGCUGCCCGGGCAGCGGUGGGGCGACACCCUGCUCACCUCGGGCAUCAAGACGCUGAUGAAGACGGCGGUCCUGCCCGACGGCACGCGGGUCAAGGACUACUGGGACAAGCCCUCGUACCCCUUCCGCAUCUUCAAAUCGCACUUCACGCCCGAGGUGCUGCCGAUCAAGGCCUACCCCAAGGUUAAGUUCCUAGCGAUGGCGCGCAACGGCAUGGACGUCGUCAACUCCUUCUACCCCUUCUUCGCCUCGCACCGCCCCUCGUUCAAGAGCCGGUAG